CGCAGCGGAAACACUUCUGGCAUGCAGAAAGGCGGAUCCUUCUCGGCGGCUUUUGCCUUUCAGAACUUCUUUUGAGCCUAUUUUUUACCUGCCAGUCCUCGGCGGGGCGCACAAUACCCAACACAAAUCGCUUUUUUAGGUGUUGAAAACGACGUUUUUAUUCAGUCGAGUGCUACGAUAGUCCUCAACGCAACCCCAGGAAGAGUUUUCUUUUUCAGCCGAGGCUAGCUAACUUUCAACGCACUAGCAUUUAACUUGACAACUGCCUGCAACAGGGAAAGAGCAAACCCAGGAAGAUGGGAGAUUUGAUGUGGGCAUUGAAGACCGGGGACAUGGAUGAGGUGGAAGCCAAAUUGGUGACGGCCGAAGAUGUAAACCGGACCCUGGAAGGCGGGAGGAAGCCUCUGCACUACGCUGCAGACUUUGGUCAGACCGAUGUGGUGAAGUACCUCAUUUCUAAGGGAGCCGAUGUGAAUGCUCCAGACAAACACGGCCUCACUCCACUGAUCUCGGCCUGUUUUGAGGGUCACACCUCCUGCGUCAAGGUCCUGCUAGAAAAGGGAGCUGACAAAGACCGGAAAGGACCGGACGGCAUCAGUGCCUUUGAAGCUGCCGAGGACGAUGCUAUAAAGGCUCUGCUCAAGUGAGACGCCCUCCGGGUGGGAGGUGGCUGGACAGGUGGGUAAACGGACAGACAGAUGGAUGCAGUGGUCCCCUGACAGAAGACGGACCCGCCCCUUUUACCCCCCCGAUCAGCGUCGGUCCCAACACUGCUUUUGUCUGUUUUGUUAGAGGGUCAUUUGUCCGUCUGGUGGUUCUCCUUUACUUUGUUCAUUUUCUCUCCUUCCCAACUUUUUUGGGGUCGGACUUUCUCUCCUUCUGGCCUGUUUGUGGCCAUUUAACAACAGGACCUGUCAACUAUGUCUCCCCUAAGGGACCAAACACCGGGGGAGCGCUCUCACAUCUGGAUCCUAACUCACUGCUCUGAUUCACACUCUGUAAUGUAAACGCAAAGCUAAGCACUUAUACGCACACCUCUUUUGCAGGAAAUCAAAUGGUAAUGGAUCAAUAGUGUGUUCACAUGUUCUACAACUCCACAGUAAAGUAUUGUAUGGCCAGGACGUAAUCUUGUGAAAUAAACAGUCGUAGCACUGUACUAUACUAGAUCAGCUGAAAAGAAAGGUUGUAAAGUUUGAUUAUAUUUCCCUUUCAUUGUUUGUGGCCUCUUCUUCCACCUCGAUUUCUUUUAAUAGGCCAAACUGUUCUCCCCCCCAAUCCAACCGUGACGGUUCUGUUGAGCGUUUCUACUCUGCAUAUCACUUACAUAUCAAAGUGUUUUUGACCAAUCCUUGCGUUGGUAAUGCAUAAACUGUAUUCUGUAUUCCUUGACGAAUCACCUUGCUGGUUAACUAGAAAGACUUGAACGUUGCAAUUUUUCUGUCACUGAUUUUUUUUUUUUUUUUUUUGAAGCAACUUUUAACAGCACAAAAUAGAAUAAGGAAUUCUAGAAACACGUUGAUUUUGUCAUCCCUGGAGUGAUAUUUCAGAGCGAUAAUUCCUGUCUUUGUUGCAGCUUCCCUGUUUUGUAAUUGAUGGGCUCUGGGGGCUCCGCGUGAUGAGUAAAUGGGGGUUAAAGUUGGAACUGGAUGGGGGGCGGGGGGGGGCUGUCAGCAUCCCCCUUGCCUUGGAUUUGGUUCGAAGCCCCGCCUGUUUUGCUGCAUGUCAAAACUGCCUCUGCUUUUCUGCUACGAAACGGUCGCCGGUCCUCACUUGGUUGCUUUCAAAUGAAUUACUACUAUGUAAUGGACAAAAAAAAUAAAAAAGCUGCUUUUGCUGACUUUGUUGUGACAAAAAAGUCUGUAAAAACGGAAAUAAAAAUCCUCUAUAAAACA